GCGCUUAUAUAUGCAGCGGCUGGGGGUUUUGCGCAUGCGUCAUCUCGGCGUUCUGCGCGGCACAAAGGAGUUGGGCGGAAACAGUCUAGAAGCGGCGCGGAAGGAACUGAGGAGCCUAAUACGCCGGUCACGGGCGGAGGGAUACGUUUCCAUGGGAACGCCACGAUCUUGCCUGUAAACCCGUGUCUUUCCCCGUGGUGUCCCGCUCCCUCCCCUCCCCUCCCCCUUUUCCUGAACCCUCCUUGUCUUCCUUCCCUUUGCCCUAUCUCUCCUACCCGUUUGUGUUUUCCUCAAUCUAAGGACCCUCAGCGCUCUCAACCUUAGUACAGGUGCAUUGAGACCGGGCUAUGAAAGGCUGUACAAUUUAACCGCUGAUGUUGCAGCCGUUGCCGCCUUUCUGUUGGGGGACCUGGCCUAGUCUGCUACUCAGUGAUCUUUGGGGCUCUUCAGAGGUAAUCGGGAGUUGGCCAAGGUGUAGAAUGCAGAGAACAGGGAAAGGAGACCUCCUUGGUGAAUAAAGCAUGGAUUCUCUCCAGGUUAUACAGCUAUUUAAUGAACAAAUUCUGAGCCUCUGAUUCUCCCAGUCCAGAGAGAUUUCUUUCAUAUCACACUGCCUCGCUAAAGAGACAAGGUCUCACUAUUUUGCCCAGGCUGGAUGGAGUGCGGUGGCAAUUCACAGACACAGUCAUAAUGCACUACAGCCUGGAACUCCUGGGCUCAAGUGAUCCUCCUUCCUCAGCCUCUCAAGUUGCUGGGACUACAGAUGAGAAUAUCCUAAUGCUGCACGUCACAGCUAGUCAUUUGCUUGCAUCCAUUUUAUCAGCAACACCUCAGACCGAGCUUUGUGUGGAAGAAGUGACCCUGGUCAGGAGAUCAGGAGCUACCCUCAUUGCAACCACAUCACUCUACUUCAGAUAUUUUCCAUUUCUAAGAGGGGAAAUAAAUAUGUCACUCACUGUAAGUAAAAGGGAAAAUAAGGAGGUCAAGAUAACUAGGUCACUUAUUCUAAAUAGAAGAGAAAAUGAUCAGGAGGACAGUUUUGAAGAUGCCUAUGAAAUCAUCCCUGCAGCAACAACAAUGAAUUUAGCAGCUUCCUUGGAAGAAUGCACAACUGGAUUAUAUUUAUUUCUCAAUAACAGAUUCUCAGAUGCAGUAAACCUCAUUCAUCCAUGGUCUAAAAACAGUGCAUACCAUGCCCUAAUAUAUAGUAUUAUUAUGGUUGUCAAGGCCAUCCUGACUUUUGAGCCACAGGAUAUAGAGAUUGGAAUGGCCACCACAAAGGAAGCUUUGAAAACUUGUAACAUGUUCCGAAAACCUAGGAUAGUGACUUUGUCUCGUCUAGUGGGUAAACAAGGAAUAAAGGCUAUCACAGAAGAGGAAUUGCAUGCAGAAAUCUGUUAUGCUGAGUGUUUGGUUUUGAAAUCCUCCAUGACAUUUAUACAGGAUGACAGUAUACUUGGUUUUCUUAAAAGUGGGUUCAACAUUGGGUCAAGUUACCAUAUAUACCAAGAUUGUCAACGAGUAUUAGCACAGAUGCCUAACAACCAAAGUAAAGCCCACAAACACCUGGUUGGAGGAAUAAAAUUUGGACUUGGAACAUUCAAUUUGAUGUUAUCACUUGUGCCACCAAGGACACUUAAACUACUCAAUAUCAUUGGAUUUUCUGGUGAUAGAGAGGUAGGUUUGGCUUUGCUUCAUGAGAGUGCCUCUGAAACCCAUAUAAAUAAUAUCUUAAGUGUUUUGACUCUACUCUUUUAUUACAAUUAUAUCUAUGUUGCUUUUGGUGUUGAAAAUGUUUACAAGUCUGCUACAGAGGACCUCUUCCUAAUUUAUCUACGGAAAUUUCCAAACUGUGUCAUACUUAAAUUUUUUCAUGCACGUUCUAGUAUGUUGAAUGGAAAAUUUGAAAAUGCACAGUUAAAAUUAGAAGAGUGCAUUUUUAUUCAGAAUGAAUGGAAGCAGGUUCAUCACCUCUGUUACUGGGAACUCAUGUGGUGCCACAUUUUUAUGCAGGAGUGGAGGCAGGCUUACAACUACGCUGAUUUACUGUCUCAACACAGCAGGUGGUCCAAGGCGAUAUAUAUGUACAGUAAAGCUAUAAUACUGGCCUUGCUUCCUUCUGAUUUUGGGAAAGCAGUAAAUGAGGAUAUGAACUCUCUCUUCAUAAAAGUAGAUAGCCUGAGAAACAAAUUUUUAGGCACUUCUGUGCCAAUAGAAAAGUUUGUUGCUGAGAAAGGUCAGCGCUAUGGUACUACUACAGGCUGGUUUACAGCACAGCCCCUUCUGGAAUUCAUGUAUGCCUGGAGUGGUUUCCGAGUCAUGAGCAAAAAAAUAGACCUUAUUUCACGCUGGCUAUCAAUAAUUAACAAAGGAGAAGAUCUUUUACAAGAGAAUCCAAAUAAAGAGUAUGGCACAGAUGACAUAAGUUUGUUAAAUUUACUGAAAGGUAUAUGCCUAAAACACUUAGGCAGAUAUUUAAGGGCUGAACAUUACUUUAAUCGUGUCCUUCAACAGGAGAAAUUGUUAAAAUAUGACCACUAUUUGGUGCCAUACACUUACUAUGAACUGGGAAUUCUAUACUAUCUAAAAGGAGAUUAUGAUAGUGCAAUAAAAAGCCUCGACAACAUAAAAAACUACAAAGACUAUUCCAUGGAAGCCCGAUUACAGUUUAGGGCUCACAUAGCCCUUGAACAAAUAGCCAAAGAAAAGUGAUCUGAACACAGAGUGUGGUUUUGUUUAGUAUGAUUGAAAUAUCCACAAUCAGCAAGAUAAUUAAAAGGUUGAAAAAUCAUUUCUUUGUGGAAAUAAUUCAAGAGGCAGCUGCCAAGAAUCUGAUCAAUAACAAGUAAGAAAGGAAUUGGCCAUUGCUUUCCCCUCUUUCUUUCUCAUACCUAUACAAUGGAAUGUCUUAGACUGGCAACUGGAGCGAUACAUGUUCUUGAAAAAGAAAAGGCAAAUGAUGUACAUUAUAAAGAAUAUUUUCUCUCAUAUGUUGUACAUUUGAUCAUGUUAGAUAAGGUUUUCAAAACCUAAAAAAUAUUUUUUAACAUGUCACUAAAGUUUGCAACUCCUAAAUAAAAUAGGGGAAGUAGUUACAGUGGGAUCCCAGUGCUCUGUAAAUGUUUUUAUUUAAUUGUUAGAAAAAAUGACUUCAAAAUCUUACUGACAUAUCAAAAUAAUGAUGCAUUGAAUAGCAUGGAUUUGAAUAGUUUUCAUUUUUGUUGGCUUUUUAUACCAGGGAAAAAGCCCCCUGUGUGAUGAGCAGUUUUUUUUUUACCCUCUUUCUGUAGGAAGCUCAAAUACCUGCUUAUGAUUUGCCACAGGAUAAAGAAGAAAGGCUCUUUACCCCCUUUUAUACACUAACUCUUUGAAGAUAAUUGGAGGAGGCUAAGAAGAUAGACCACUGGCUUUAAGAAGACAGUUCAGUUACCUAGUAACCCUCCUUUUAGUUAUCAUCCCUAAAGUAUAAUUCCUGUUAAGACCAGCUCUUCAACAUAAUUAAACCCUUUGUAUCCAUUCAUUGUUAGAGGGCUAAUCUGAGAGUAAACAGCAGCUGUCAGGGGAUGGGGUUUGGGAUUGUUUUACCUACCUAGGGGUAAAGUCAGUCCCUAAUUUCCAGACCCUUAAGUCUGGUUGAGUGUGUCUUCCUUGUAGUUACCCUUUGAUUCAGAAGUUGCUGGGAAAAUUUGGCUUGCUAAAGCACAUCAUCUUAAAUUGGAACAAGAUGAGAAGUUAGUAUUUCAGAUUAGGCAAUGCUUACUUUUAAAAACAUUUUCCUCAUAAAUUAAAAACACACUUUCAAGUGAACAGUU